CAGUGCGUCCCUCCUCCCGCCCUCCAACCGUCUGUCAAAGAGGACUAUCGUUGAUCCAGGCCGCUUCCAAUCUCUGGCCCUCCUCGUUUAUUGCUUUCUAAGCAGAUUCACGCGUGACAAAAAAGACUUCUGUUUACGUUGUCACUAGGUCUACACAACCCUUGCCAACCCUAUGCUGCCAUGCCAGCGCUCCUGACUUUCUUACUGGAGAAAAGUUGCUUUGAAAGGUGCGUGAGGAGCCGCGUCCUCAGUUCCUCCUUCCUCAGUCAGGCUUUGAACUAACUAACAAUAGGGCAGGUUGAAUGAAGAUUGAUAAAUGCAAAUCCUGGAAUUCCGAAGCCGGACCGCAUCGCACCACGCUGGUUCCUCUCCGCUGUUGGGGCGGUCAUCUGUCGUUAUCUUUUGAACACUUGCUGGGUGCAAACGUCCUUCUGCCACCGGUGUGCUCUUUGACCGCGCAUUAGCUUCUCCAGCCCGCUAGCGGAGCGGUUGAGCCGAGGAUUAACUGACUUGUUAAUUAAUGCCAAAAAGGGGCAUUUGGAAGAGACUAGGAGAUAACAAAAUAAGCUCCAGCCCACGCUCCCCGUUCCUCAAUUUGACUUGUAGUUUACUCAAAAUGGAUCUCCGUGACUUACCUCUGUUAACAGAUGCUACAUUUAUUGGAAAAAGGGGCAAUUUGGCUUUGAUGCUGUGCCAGAAACCGUACAACAAUGAGCUACUGGAAUGUCGAGAAGAGGGGCUGUGUGCAGUACCACAGGCAUUUUCUGGCGGACAACAGUGUGUUUCAUGUUGAAAGAUGCAUGAGUGUAAUGCAGUCUGGGACACAGAUGAUCAAGCUGAAGCGUGGCUCCAAGGGCCUCGUUCGCCUCUUCUACCUGGAUGAGCACCGGACCCGCCUCCGAUGGCGCCCCUCUCGGAAGAGUGAGAAGGCAAAAAUACUGAUUGAUUCCAUCUACAAAGUCACGGAGGGCAGGCAGUCUGAAAUCUUCCACAGACAGGCCGAGGGGAACUUCGAUCCCAGCUGCUGCUUCACCAUCUACCAUGGCAACCACAUGGAGUCCCUGGACCUCAUUACCUCCAACCCAGAGGAGGCACGCACCUGGAUCACAGGCCUUAAGUAUCUGAUGGCUGGCAUCAGUGAUGAGGACUCCCUUGCCAAGAGGCAGAGGACCCACGACCAGUGGGUGAAGCAGACCUUUGAGGAGGCUGAUAAGAAUGGCGACGGCUUAUUGAACAUCGAAGAGAUUCACCAGCUGAUGCAUAAACUAAACGUCAAUCUGCCCCGGAGAAAAGUCAGACAGAUGUUUCAGGAAGCUGACACAGAUGAGAAUCAGGGAACCCUGACAUUCGAAGAAUUCUGCGUGUUUUACAAAAUGAUGUCUUUGAGGAGAGACCUUUAUUUGCUGCUCUUGAGCUACAGCGACAAAAAGGAGCACCUGACAGUGGAGGAGCUGGCUCAGUUUCUGAAGGUGGAGCAAAAGAUGAGUAACGUGACAGUGGACUAUUGUCUUGACAUCAUAAAGAAAUUUGAAGUUUCUGAAGAAAACAAAGUGAAAAAUGUCCUCGGUAUUGAAGGCUUCACCAACUUCAUGCGUAGUCCUGCUUGUGACGUGUUUAACCCUUUGCACCACGAAGUGUACCAGGACAUGGACCAGCCCCUCUGCAACUACUACAUUGCUUCGUCUCACAACACAUACCUGACGGGGGACCAGCUCCUUUCUCAGUCCAAGGUGGAUAUGUACGCACGGGUACUACAAGAGGGCUGUCGGUGUGUGGAAGUUGACUGUUGGGAUGGCCCAGAUGGAGAGCCAGUGGUCCACCAUGGUUAUACUCUCACUUCCAAAAUUCUCUUCAGAGAUGUGGUGGAGACCAUCAACAAGCAUGCCUUCGUGAAAAACGAGUUUCCGGUUAUUCUGUCUAUUGAGAACCACUGCAGUAUUCAGCAGCAGAGGAAGAUUGCUCAGUACCUGAAAGGAAUAUUCCAGGACAAGCUGGACCUGUCAUCUGUAGACACAGGAGAGGCCAGGCAGCUUCCAAGCCCUCAGAGUCUGAAAGGCAAAAUCCUAGUGAAGGGCAAGAAGUUGCCAUAUCACCUUGGGGAUGAUGCGGAGGAAGGAGAAGUGUCUGACGAGGACAGCGCGGACGAGAUUGAAGACGAGUGCAAGUUCAAGCUACAUUACAGUAAUGGGACCACUGAGCACCAGGUAGAAUCUUUCAUACGGAAAAAGCUGGAAUCAUUGUUGAGGGAGUCUCAAAUUCGAGACAAAGAAGAUCCUGACAGUUUCACAGUGAGGGCUCUACUCAAGGCCACACAUGAAGGCUUAAACACCCACCUGAAGCAGAACCUGGACGUGAAGGAAAGUGGAAAGAAGUCCCAUGGGCGAUCGCUGAUGAGCAACUUCGGGAAACACAAGCAGAAAACUACAAAGUCACGUUCUAAAUCCUAUAGUACCGACGACGACGAGGAAGACAUAUUUCAGAAUCCUGGCAAGGAGGGAGGCCAGCUGUACAGGCUGGGCCGCCGAAGGAGGACCAUGAAACUCUGCAGAGAGCUCUCGGACUUGGUGGUGUACACAAACUCCGUGGCAGCCCAGGAUAUUGUGGAUGACGGAACCACAGGGAAUGUGUUGUCCUUCAGUGAAACAAGAGCACAUCAAGUGGUCCAGCAGAAGUCGGAGCAAUUCAUGAUCUACAACCAAAAACAACUCACAAGGAUUUACCCCUCUGCCUACCGCAUCGACUCCAGUAACUUCAACCCUCUGCCCUAUUGGAAUGCAGGCUGUCAGCUAGUGGCUCUGAACUACCAGUCUGAAGGACGAAUGAUGCAGUUAAAUCGGGCAAAAUUCAAGGCAAACGGCAACUGUGGCUACAUUCUCAAGCCUCAGCAAAUGUGCAAAGGUACUUUCAACCCUUUCUCUGGUGAUCCACUUCCUGCCAACCCCAAAAAACAGCUUAUCCUGAAAGUGAUCAGCGGGCAACAACUUCCCAAACCUCCUGAUUCCAUGUUCGGAGACCGAGGCGAGAUCAUUGACCCCUUCGUCGAAGUGGAAAUUAUCGGGCUGCCCGUAGACUGUUGCAAGGACCAGACUCGUGUGGUGGAUGACAAUGGAUUUAACCCUGUGUGGGAAGAAACCCUCACAUUUACAGUCCACAUGCCAGAAAUAGCUUUAGUCCGGUUCCUGGUGUGGGAUCAUGAUCCUAUUGGAAGAGACUUCGUGGGCCAAAGGACCGUGACCUUCAGCAGCCUGGUACCUGGCUACCGGCACGUCUACCUGGAAGGACUCACGGAAGCAUCCAUUUUUGUUCACAUAACGAUCAAUGAGAUCUUUGGAAAGAAUAGACAGCUCCAAGGUCUGAAGGGACUGUUCAAUAAGAAUCCCAGGCACGGAUCUUCAGAAAACAACAACUCCCAUUAUAUUCGAAAGCGAUCGAUUGGCGAUAGAAUUUUGCGACGUACAGCCAGUGCUCCAGCCAAAGGCAGGAAGAAAAGCAAAGUGGGCUUCCAAGAAAUGGUUGAGAUCAAAGAUUCUGUCUCUGAGGCCACAAGAGAUCAAGACGGCGUCCUUAGGAGGACCACACGGAGCCUGCAAGUACGCCCUGUCUCCAUGCCUGUUGACAAGAGUCUUCUGGGGGCUUUGUCGCUGCCUAUAUGCGAAGCAGCAAAAGACACAGAUGGAAAAGAAAACUCUCCAGCAGAGGACGAGGAUGGAAGAAAGCAGCGAGAGGCAACUAUAAAAGACCCACAGUUUUCCAAUUUCAACAAAACAUUAUCCUUCUCCUCCAGUGCCCUUCUUCACAAAGAUGCCAACAGAGGUGAUUGCCCUAUUUCAAGUUCUAGUGUAUCAAUGCCAGAACAGUGUGGAGGACCAGGUCCAAAGGGUGGGAGAACCAAGCCAGAUGUGACAAAUGAUUGCCAGGAAAACCAGUGCCCCCCCAAAUUCCUCUCUCCGAGGCAGCAUUUGGCACUCGAUCCUGCAAAGAAGGGACCACAAGAUCUCCCUGGGGUGAAAGCCACUGAAAAGCGGCGUACUGGGGGCUUAGGGGAAGGGAAAAGCAUGUUGUUGGAGAGUGUUCUUUCUCCAAGUACCCGGGAGAUGGAGAACAUGGAAGGGAGCAGGACCACAGGACGAGCUGCAGCGUCCUUCUCUCUGUCCGACGUCUCUGUGCUCUGUUCUGACGUCCCGGAUUUGCACUCAACACCCAUCCAUCAGGACACUGAGAUUUCCAAUCUCAUUGAUGAUGUUACUUUAACAAAUGAGAAUGAGCCGGGCAGUUCGAUCUCAGCGCUGAUUGGCCAGUUUGAAGAGAGCCAGCCUCGGGCUAACGUUGCUGUGGUUUCUCACCUCCUCGGUACCGAUGUGACCACAGGAGGUGCUCCUUUGCCUAUGACAUUGGGCCUACAAACGCCCUCCAAGCGUGUUUUUUCCCAGGGGAAACCCAAGGCCUCCUCGUACUCAUCUCCUGAGCUGAUCAAGCUCUGUAGUGCUGAGACUACCAAGCCUGCAAAUAACACACUUGUUUGUGAAAUGACUGGCUUGCCCAUCUCUAAGUCCAAACCAGGUACAGACCCUUCUGAUAAAACCAAGACAAGGGUCAUGGAAGGUAACUUGCCUGGGACUCAUGAUGCUUCUCCUGGCCAGUUUCCCAAAAGCCACACUCAUGGAAAGGACCAGAGACGAGUCAUGAAUAGCCCUGAUCUUUCCACUGAGUUGGCCCUGGAAGAUCUAAUUGCAGACCCUGCUCUUGGUAUACAUUCUGAAGAAAGCAGCCUUGUAGAAAUCGAUGGAGAAUCCGAAAACCUGUCUCGAACGACCUGUGACUACAGGGGAGAGGGUCUAAGUCAAAUCGUUUCUCCACUGAAACUGAGGCACAGCCAAGAGAUGGUGGAACACGUCCCGAGAGGCUUGAGGAAUGUUUACUGUAAAGAGGCGCCCCUCCCUUCUGCCCCUGAAAUAUUCAACAAUAUUCAAGGUGUCAAAAAUCAAAGUAUUUCUUGUCUAACCUAUCAGGGUGCUGGCUUUGUGUAUAACCAUUUCUCAAGUUCAGAUGCAAAAACGAACCAAAUCUGUGGGCCCCAGCAGCCUAGGGCUACAGAUAUGCAUGCCUCCCCACUGACGCCGUCAGCACAUGCUCCUUUGGUUGCUUUGAAACUGCCAAGUCCUUGCAAAUCCAAAAGUCUGGGGGACUUAACAUCAGAGGACAUUGCCUGCAAUUUUGAAAGCAAAUACCAAUGUAUUAGUAGGAGUUUUGUGACAAACAGCAUUAGGGACAAGAGUGUGGCUAUGAAGACAAAGUCAUUAGAGCCUUUAGAUGCCCUAACAGAACAGCUCCGAAAGCUGGUGUCCUUUGACCAAGAAGACAGCUGUCAAGUGCUGUACUCAAAGCAGGAUGUCAGUCAGUAUCCCAGGGCGUUAGUCAGAAAGCUGUCCUCGAGAAGUCAGAGCAGGGUACGUAACAUUGCCAGUCGUGCCAAGGAGAAGCAGGAAGCGGGCAAGCAGAAAGCCACGACCCACAGCACCAGAGGAGGAGUGGUCCUUCGAAGUAAACCUUCGGCUCCCGCUCUGGCUGUGAACCGACACUCCACGGGCUCAUACAUUGCAAGCUACCUGAGGAACAUGAAAGCUGGUGGCCUGGAGGGCCGAGGCAUCCCAGAGGGAGCAUGCACGGCCCUUCGGUAUGGCUACGUGGACCAGUUUUGUUCAGAUAACUCAGUUCUGCAGACCGAGCCAAGCAGUGAUGAUAAACCAGAAAUUUAUUUUCUUUUGAGGCUGUGAGCUAUACAAAGCUGCAUUUUCAUUGUUUACGCAAUAUUCUAUAGGAUGUUAGAGUUUUUCCAUUGUCAGUGACUAUGAUGCUUGGCUUUGAGAUGAUUUUCAAAUGUAUUUUGGAACUUGUAUUUUGGUCUCCCUUUGACUUCACGCGUUCUCUCACUUCGUGCGUUUGUAUAUAGAUCUGUGACAUUUCCCAGGAACCUAUGAUCUCUUUCCCCCAAGGUGUUGUAACUUGUGUCAGUAUGAGACGUGUGCAUGCCCUCGAUGUGAAACUUCUCAGCAGUUUGGGCCACAGUGUGUGCAUGUUGCACAAAAAUGCUCUUUCCCGUGUCUUGGGUCAUAGUCCCAGAGGCUAUCACUUUUACUCACUGAGUGUUGAGCUCGUUAAGAGCAGACUUUUCCAAAGAUAAAGGAAUGGAUUCUUUAUUUGAAAUGAACUUCUCCUUCUGAAUCGAAAGACCCAGAUUCAGUUUUAUAGCUCAGUGUUUAAAAUAGUUACCUUGUCCUUCAUGAUUUCCUCACCCCACCCAAAGUGGGAAUUCCAUGAAAAUGGACAGUGUCUCUCCCAGUCCCCAAAUCCCUUUUAGAAGAGACUGUAAGGAAGAAAGUGAACUUCUGUAUAUAAGGAGAAAAUAGGUUUUUUUGCAUAAAUAUUGUUACAUAUUUUUGCUAAUGGCUUUGUAUGUAACAAGAAUCCAGUUGCCAAGCUCUCUGUCAUACUUAUGAAGUAUGUUUUGAAGUGUCUGUGAUGUGAUAGAUUGAGAAUAAUGACUUUCAGGAUGAGGGACUUUCAGCCAGGCAUGGUGGUUCACGUCUUUAAUCCCAGGACAGGGAGACGGAUCUCUGAGUUUGAGGCCAACCUUGAUCUACAUGGCAAGGCUCAGAUAUAGCAGAUCUACAUAGUAAGACCUUAAGAAAGUUGAGAGAGAGAGAGAAAGAGAGAGAGAGAGAGAGACUUACAUUAGACUUAGAACUCAGAGUAGUGCAAACAGAAAACUUCCCCCAAGAUUUCAAGAAAAAAAAAAGGUAUUUUCUCAUAAUCCAAGUGAAUAGAUGAUUAAAAGAAACCUUUUCCCUUUAGGGAACCAAGUAACUAUAUUUUAGUACUGACAUAUAUUAUUUUCAUUGUGAAUCCAUUUUUUAUUGCAUGUUCAGGUGUCAUUUGCUUUUUGUACCAUGAAUUACAAUGAUGUUCUUCCUGGACUUCAUAAAAUAUAAUUAAAACAGAUUUUUGAACA